UAUUCACAGAUCAUUUAGUCUAAAGGGUACGGAAUCUUCAUUAGUUUCUCCAUUUCUUGAUUUCUCCACAAGCGGAUAAAAGUCUGUGAAUAGUGAAAAUGAGAUACUUCGCCAUCUACCUGGCCGUGUGCUUUAUCAAGAUUUUAAAUGUGGUCGCGAUUGAAGACAGCCGGCACUGGCAUCAGUUGGCGAACAAAGAACUGGCGGAAUCUCUUUCGUAUCGUUGGAACGUAAAACGAGCGAAAAACGUAAUUCUCUUUGUCGGAGAUGGGAUGAGCCCGGACACCAUAACGGCCAGCAGAAUUUAUCGCGGUGGUGAGACCAGUCGACUCGCCUGGGAGCAUUUUCCCCAUAUCGGGCUACUGAAGACUUACACAACGGACGAACAAGUCCCCGACUCGGCUUGCACCGCCACCGCUCUGUUCGGGGGAGUCAAGACGAAUUACGAAGUAGUAGGGCUAGACGCAAACGUACAAUUGGGGGAUUGCGAGGCAAGCUUGAAUGGGAGUUAUCACGUAAAUUCAUUCAUAGCGUGGGCCCAAGCAGCUGAUAAAGCCACAGGUUUCGUAACGAAUACCAGAGUCACUCAUGCGACUCCGGCGCCGCUUUAUGCGCACUGCGCGAAUCGCAAAUGGGAGUGCGAAGCCACAAUGCCUAAAAACGCUACUGGCUGCAAAGAUAUCGCCAGGCAAUUAGUGGAGGACGAGCCGGGGAAAAACAUUCGAGUAAUAAUGGGUGGUGGCAGACAAGUGUUGAAAUCCAAUGUGACCGCGGGCGAAUUCGAUCCGAUAGAUACGUGGGCUUGCUACAGUCAAGACGGCCGCGAUCUCAUCGAUAAGUGGACAAAAGACAAGUCCAGUAGAAACUUGGCUCACAAAGUCGUGCAAAACAAUGAGGAAUUAUCCCGGGUCGAUGUCGACAGCGUAGAUUAUCUGCUCGGUAUCUUCGCCAACGGUCACAUCGAGAUGGACUGGGAUCGUGAGCGCGGCCCGAAGGGACAGCCGAGCUUGGAAGAAAUGACCGUGACGGCUUUACGAAUUUUGCAAAAAUCCAAACAGGGAUAUUUUUUAAUGGUCGAAGGCGGCCUGAUCGACUACGGUCAUCAUCGCGGUCACGCCGCUCAAGCACUGCUGGAAACCGUUCGACUUUCGGACGCCGUUAACGCCACUCUCGGAAUGAUCGACCCCGACAACACCCUCGUGAUAGUCACGAGCGAUCACACGCAGUCGAUGAGCUUCACCGGGUACAAUCCUCGAGGUUCAUCCAUUCUGGGAGUCGCUCAGAAAAAAUCUAAAUACGACGGGCUGCCCUACACGACGUUAUCCUACAGCACGGGUGGACCGAACAAUAUCGCUUACGCCGCGAAGAAUAACGGUCAAGUCACGAGAAUCGAUCCGUCCAAAUCGAACACCAACGCUUUUACUUAUAGUCAGCAAGCUGCAAUCAUAUCGAACGAGGCUCAUCACGGUGGUGGAGACGUGGCCGUGUACGCUAUAGGACCGCACGCGCAUCUCUUCCACAGCGUGCACGAGCAGAACUACGUGGCGCAUGUCAUCGCGUACGCCGCGAGUAUCGGCGAGUACUCUAACAGCGCGGGAAUAUCGCAUUAUGUUCCGGACGCAAUUGUCUUAUUUGGCAGCCUAAUCUCGUUAGCUCUAAUCGUGAACAAAUAAAUCUGCAGAAACCAACA